AUGUGGCCCAUGCUGCUGCUGUUGCUGCCGGUGGCCCUGGCCAUGCUGGCCCUGGGCCGGGUGGCCCAUCGGCUGCUGGCCCCAUCUGGCAACCCCUUCGCAGGGCCGCCCCUGGAGCCACCACGGCCACUGGUGACUGACCAGCGCGCCCGGGACAGGGUCCUGAAGCAGGGGUUCAGCGUCCAGCGCGUGCCGGACCAGCUGGACGCCGUGGUCAUCGGCAGUGGCGUGGGGGGCCUGGCGGUGGCCGCCACCCUGGCCAAGGCAGGCCGGCGGGUGCUGGUGCUGGAGCAGCACGACCAGGCCGGUGGGUGCUGCCACACCUUCCAGCAGCACGGCAUCGAGUUCGACGUGGGCAUCCACUACGUGGGGCAGCUGCACGAGGGGAGCCUCCUGCGGGUGGCCCUGGACCAGGUGACAGACGGGCAGCUCUGCUGGCACCGCCUGCCUGACCCCUACGACGAGGUGACCCUGGGACCCCAGCGCUACCUGCUGCGCUCCGGCAAGGUGGCCUUUGUCACUGCGCUGGAGGAGCAGUUCCCCGCUGAGAAGGAGGCCAUCAGGGAGUUCAUGAAGCUCUCUAAGGUGCGACCCUGCAGUCACCUCUCCAUGGGGGUGGCACGUCCCCAAGGAGGGGACAGCUUGGGAUACGGGGUGGGGAUGGUGGCGCAGGUGGGGACGUGGCUGAUGGGUGGACGUGGUGGGGAACGGGCUGUGGGAACAGUGGGGACACAAGUGACCGUCGUGGAGGGGACGUUGGUGAUGGUGGCCUCGCGGCACGCGGCGCUGCUGGCCCUGCUGAAGCUGUCGCCGCGCUGGCUCGUCACCCUCCUGCUCCGCUCGGGGCUCCUGCCCCGCCUGUCCCCCGUGUUCCGCAUGGCGACCACCAGCCACAGCCAGGCCGCGGCUCGCCUCACCUCCAACCACGACCUGCGUGCCCUCUUCGGAUACCUCUUCUACGGCACGGCCCCGCGGGACUCGAGCUUCCUGGUGAGCGCUCUCAUGGUUCACCACUAUCAGCGCGGGGCCUGGUACCCGCGGGGGGGGGCGAGCGAGGUCGCGUUCCACGCCGUGCCCGUCAUCGAGCGCGCGGGGGGGGCCGUGCUCGUGCGCGCCCCCGUCACGCGCGUGCUCGUCAGCUCCACCGGCACCGCUAUGGGGGUGGCGGUGCGGGCGGGGCCCGGGCAAGAGGAGCUGCAGAUCCGCGCCCCCCUCGUCAUCUCCGACGCCGGGGUCUUCAACACCUUCGGGAAGCUUCUGCCCCCCCACGUCCGCAGCCACCCCGGUGUCCGCUCCCGCCUGGCCAUGGUGCGGCCGGGCAUGGGCUCCUUCCUGGUGUUCGUGGGGCUGCGGGGCAGCGCGGCCGAGCUGGGGCUGCCCCCCACCAACUUCUGGAUCUACCCCCACAACGACCUGGAUGCCAUGAUGACCCAGUACGCUGCCCUGAGCCGCGACGACGUCCCCGACAACUUGGCCAUGAUGUUCAUCACCUUCCCCGCCGCCAAGGACCCCACGUACGAGCAGCGGCACCCAGGCAGGUCCUGCAUGACCAUCCUGACCAUGGCACGGUACGAGUGGUUCGAGGAGUGGGCCGGGAGCCGGCCCCGGCACCGCGGCCCCGAGUACCAGCGGUACAAGAUGGACAUCGCCCAGCGGCUGCUGGACAGGGCCCUGCUCCGCUUCCCGCACCUGCGGGACAAGGUGGAGUUCGUGGAGGCGGCGACCCCGCUGACGAACCAGCACUACCUGGGGGCAGCGCGGGGGGAGAUGUACGGCACCGAGCACGACCUGCGCCGCUUCAGCCCCGCCGUGGUGGCCGCCCUGAGACCCGACACGCCCGUGAGGAAUCUCUACCUGACAGGGCAGGACGUGUUCUCCUGCGGGCUGGCGGGGGCCGUGCACGGGGGGCUGCUCUGCGCCUCGGCCAUCCUGGGCCGCCUGCUCUACCUGGACCUGCUGCUCCUCAAGAGGAAAAUCAAACGGCGCCAGGGCCGGCACACGGCGUGA